AGAGAGCGAGUCAGAGUCAGAGGCAAACAGAAUACAGUAGCAGAGGUGUGGAACAGUGUGUAUUUGGACAUUUUAUAGAUAUGAAUUCAACAACGGAAGGAGGAAUGACCCUUGUGACUACAAGUGCCCCUCCGGACCUGGAAUGGACCAAAACUGCGAUGCCGGUGUUCAUCCUGCUGAUCACCGCGCUGGGGAUUGUGUUUAACAUGUUUGUCCUCGUGGUUUUCUGGUUUCAUAAGAAGGCCUGCACCGUGGCUGAGAUCUACUUGAGCAACUUGGCUGCUGCUGACCUUGUUCUGGUGUCCUGUUUGCCCUUCUGGGCUGUCAACAUAUUGAAUAAUCACAAUUGGAUUUUUGGUCUGUUCCUGUGCAAAGUUGUCCACAUGGGCAUUAAUAUGAACGUCUACGGCAGCAUAUACUUCCUCGUUCUGGUUAGCAUAGAUCGCUAUGUGGCACUGGUGCAUCCGCUGUCCAAUAGCGUAAUACGUAGGCCAAAGUAUGCCAAACUGGCCUGUCUGCUGGUGUGGGGGUUGUGCUUGCUCCUGAGUGUCCCUGUGAUCAUAUACAGGAACUUGGAACUUCAGAAUAAUGUAACUUUUUGCGGGUUGACUUUGGAAGUCAAAUAUGACUGGCUUUAUGAAGGGGCGCUGACUAUAUUCAGCUUCAUCAUUCCCAUUGGCAUAAUUUCCUGGUGCACUGUCAAGAUUAUUCAAGCUCUGAAUGGCCGUUUAAAAGAGUGGUUAAACCAGAAAAUGGAGCACAAGGCCACCACUCUGGUGCUCGCAGUUCUCUUGGCUUUUGUGAUCUGCUGGCUGCCAUUCCACCUGGUUAAGUUAGUAUUUAUCUUCAUAAGAUCUGAUCUGACGAGUGAAAACCCCCUACAUACUUGCCGCUACAUCUUCACCUGUUUAGGCUUCUUCAACAGUGUUCUCAACCCCAUCCUCUACGUUAUUGUAGGAAAGAACUUCCGUAAAAAAGUUACUGAACUCUUUAAGCAGGAAGACAGUGAAGUGUCUUUCAGGACAGUCUCAACACGCACCACAUGAAAAGCGACAGAGAAUAAGGUGAUCUGCAGGACUGGGAUUUGUUUUUGAAAACCAAGGGCAUAUUUUUUUUUUUUUUUCACACUUUCACGUAGUAAAAUGGGCUGUUAUUUUCCCAGAUGUACUACAGGAAAAAUAGUUGAAGUAAUACCCACAUUAUGUUUGUGUAGUCUGAAUACAUGGGUUUUAUUUUGUGUUUCACCCACAGUUUUCAAUUUAAAAGGUAAAUUUGAGACAAUGGUAUGUUUACUUGAUUAGGAGCAUGAUAUACCCUUUUUACGAUCGCCCAUCAGAUUCUGCAGAUAUGAUUGUUUGCUGUGGGUGGAACAUAACCCAGGGUUUUACCUAAAGAGGUACUCCACCAUAAAACAUGUUUAUUUGAGCUCUAACCUAAUUAUAUGACUAUACUGUGAUGAUGCUGGUGUUAAAAUUGACAUUCUUAUCAAAUUUAUGAAAAUCUGCAUUUUGUAGGUUGAAAAAGGCUCAACACGCCCUCUACUGUUUUAAAUCACCCUCAACCUCAUAUACCCAAUGCUGACAUAGAGUUAACCGUUUAGGAGUAAUUGACGUCAAGACAUUUAUAUGAAAAAGUGUUAAUGCCUACUAAUCAGAGGAUUAUAGGGCAUUAACACCAGCCUCCACUUUGAGUUAGCUCUGACUACCAGUCUUAAACCUUUCUCAACACAUUAUGUGAUGUAGACAUAGUCUCACACUUCCAUAUGAGAAGUCAGGUUUUAGUGCAUCUGGCGUUUCUUAACAUUCUCCUGAGCCCAUUUAUUCCCUGGGCAACACUUCAGGAGGAAAGCUAGAAGUCAGGAAGGAAGACAAGACAUGAUCACAGGUAAUCAUACAAUCAUAUAUAAAUGCUCUGUUGCGUUUCUUAACAUCAACAGAAGAAAUCACGGAUGUGGUCUUUUUUGUGUUGGUAUAUAAGUUAUAUAUGUAUAAAAUAUGCAAAUGCACUAUUUGUUAUUUAUAUUGGUAUAAAUACAACAAUACAUGCUAAUAAAUAAUAAUAAGAUAUUAAGGGCCAACAUACAGUCAAAGGUCUUUUUCUUGAUAGAAUACAGUAUUUUUUCUAUAUUCAUUGCUACAGUUUUUUGACAUUGGGAGUUGCAAGUCCAGUUUUUAAGUAAACAUUUUGUUGCUGCAGUGCUUGCAAGCCAGAUAAAAAACCACACUAAGUGAGCUGGCAUUACCCAGAUCCAAACUUUAGGAUCAAAGUCAGCAUGAGAUUUUGAGAUUUCAGAAACUGUUGUGACAAAAUUUCCAAAAAGCCUCUAGAACUGGACAGCUUAGAAAGAAAGUGAAGAAGAGUCCCCGUAGACAUUUUACAUCUCUGACACAUAGCAGAAACUCCAAAAUUAAGCUUAUAAGGAGUACUAUAUGCUCUGUGUAAGAUUAUAUAUUGAAAGUGUCUGUAUGGGUGUGGUACUGGUUAGGCAAGUGAUUUCUAGGAUAUGAGACACAAAUGACCUGAUGAAACUGCUGUGUGAUCAGAAAUGCUUUCAGACUUAACACAAUAAUAACACUGCUCCAUAUUUUAACAGCACUACCAUACCGUGUUAUAUAUUACAGAAGUAAUGGGCAGAUAAUGGAAGUAAUGUACACAAGAAAUGGAAACAGUCUCUGUCUGAUACCGCAAGGGUUUAUCAUCUUAAUAUGACAUUUUAAUGGUGUUCCAUGCCUGUCUGUGUGCAUGCCUGUAAAUAUGUUUCUCUGUACUUUUACAUGGUGUUACUGUAACUGUCUUGUAAUAUUUACACAGUGUUUCUCCGACUGUCUUGUGAUAUUUACAUGGUGUUGCUCUAACUAUCUUCGGAUAUUUACAUGGUAUUACUUGGGCUGCCUUGUAAUAUUUACAUGGUGUUAGUCUGGCUGUCUUGUGAUAUUUAAAUGCUAAAUUCCCAAAACAAACCCUGCCAUAUUUUACAUAUGUCCAUAAUCCCUUACUUUUGUGUAUAAUCAGCUCCACUAUCUACACUUUAUGUAUCCAUUUGCAUGCUUGUACAGUUUGUUGCUUUGUACAUUUUAUUUACUAUUCAAAGUCACAGUAGCAUGAAGAGUAGUGACUCACACAGUCAUGCCCGUGUCUCUUUACAGUCUAAACACAAUGCCACUGUCGCUGAAACAACCUCUGUGAAUUAACUCAGAAACAUUUUGCAUAAUCUAUGUAAUGUAACACCGGGAGUGGCAUAAAUGUAAAAGACCAAGACUAUUACGCUGGUAUACAAAUAGAUUUACAGCUAUGUGAGUAAAAAAAAAAAAAAGACAUAGACAAAAGACAGGUCUAACAAUGUUUUGACAAAGCUUUCCAUGAUGAAUAAAGUUCAUUUUUGUAAGUAUGUUUAAGAAAUUGAUUCCAUCAGAAAUAUCUGUAAUUUCUGUUUCCUUCAAAUAAUAAAACAUAAAUAUUAAAUUAGA